AUGGAAGACUACUACAAGCUGCUCGGAGUGGAGCCCAAUGCUUCAGCGAAGGAGAUCGGGAAGGCCUUCCGCCAGAAGGCGCGGCAGACGCAUCCGGACAAGCUUCCCCCCGACAGCUCGGAGGAAGCGAAGCUGCAAGCUAAGCAGCGGUUUCAGCAGGUGGCGAAAGCCUGGGAGGUUCUGGGUGACGACCAGCAGCGUGCUGCCUACGACGCCGACCGCACGGCCCACCGUGCACAGAGCACUUCAAGGGCAGAGGAGCGCUGGCAAAGAACGGGUGCCCGUCCUUCCCGAGCGGCGCCGCGUGAGUCUGCCGAGGAAGCCGCAGCGCGGGAGCAACGCGCGGAGGCCGAGGCCCGCAAGAAGGAGCGCGCCGAUGCGAGAAAGCAGCGGCAGCAGGAAGAGAACGACCGCAAGGACCGAGAGCGCGAUGCACACGGCCUGGGCUCCCAUUGGGUUCCGCCCAGCUCGCAAGCCAGAGAGGCUACCGGACCAGAGCGCUCUGGAGGGCUGGGACAUUGGACCGGUUUCUCUGCAGCACGAGAGGCGGCUCGCUACCAGGAUGCGAAGAGCGACUCCAGUAGUGAGUUGAGCUUCAACAUCGACAUUGUGGCACUCCCUGCAGUGGCCACGAAAGUAUCCGGUAAACAGGAUCCCGUGGCCACCGAGCCUGUUGAGCCCGUGGCUACCGAGCCUGUUGAGCCUGUGGCCGAGCCUGUGGCUGAGCCUGUUGAGCCCGUGGCUACCGAGCCUGUUGAGCCCGUGGCUGAGCCUGUGGCUGAGCCUGUUGAGCCCGUGGCUACCGAGCCUGUUGAGCCUGUGGCUGAGCCUGUGGCUGAGCCUGUUGAGCCCGUGGCUACCGAGCCUGUUGAGCCUGUGGCCGAGCCUGUGGCUGAGCCUGUUGAGCCCGUGGCUACCGAGCCUGUUGAGCCCGUGGCUGAGCCUGUGGCUGAGCCCGUUGAGCCCGUGGCUACCGAGCCUGUUGAGCCUGUGGCCGAGCCUGUGGCUGAGCCUGUUGAGCCCGUGGCUACCGAGCCUGUUGAGCCCGUGGCUGAGCCUGUGGCUGAGCCUGUUGAGCCCGUGGCUACCGAGCCUGUUGAGCCCGUGGCUGAGCCUGUGGCUGAGCCUGUUGAGCCCGUGGCUACCGAGCCUGUUGCGCCCGUGGCUGAGCCUGUGGCUGAGCCUGUUGAGCCCGUGGCUACCGAGCCUGUUGAGCCCGUGGCUACCGAGCCUGUUGAGCCCGUGGCUACCGAGCCUGUUGCGCCCGUGGCUGAGCCUGUUGAGCCCGUGGCUACCGAGCCUGUGGCUGAGCCUGUGCAGCCCGUGGCUACCGAGCCUGUUGAGCCCGUGGCUGAGCCUGUGGCUGAGCCUGUUGAGCCUGUGGCUGAGCCUGUGGAGCCCGUGGCUACCGAGCCUGUUGAGCCCGUGGCUGAGCCUGUUGAGCCCGUGGCCACCGAGCCUGUUGAGCCCGUGGCUGAGCCUGUGGCUACCGAGCCUGUUGAGCCCGUGGCCGAGCCUGUGGCUGAGCCUGUUGAGCCCGUGGCUACCGAGCCUGUUGAGCCCGUGGCUGAGCCUGUGGAGCCCGUGGCUACUGAGCCUGUUGAGCCCGUGGCUGAGCCGGCGGUUGCCGAGGAAAACGAGGAAAGGGUGCCAGAAGUUCAGCAGGAGGAAAAGGUUGACCUUGACUUUGGCGAGAAUGACCCGAAUGCUCCCUGGAAUCACAUGGAGAAGAACCCCCUGGACACUGAGGAAUUCUCGAAUAUCUCCUUGGACACACUGGAUGAAGAAAUGAAGGCUCGUCUUGAAGAAGCGGAGGUGCCUGACGACUUGAAGAACUUCAAAUUCAAUGUGUCCGACCUGGAGGGAAUGAAGCCGCCAGCCGUUGAGGUCGAUCCAAUGGGAGGCGCAACCGGCGCAGCCCCAGCCCCGGCCCCAGCCGUGGCCGCAUCCCCCGUGGCCGCCGUGCUUCCCGAACCGGUGGCUGCUGAGCCGGUGGCUACCGCUGCCGAGCCUAUGGUGACGGAGCCUGCGGCCCAGCCGGCACCUGGCCAGCUUACAGGUGCCGAGUUGGCGGCAGAGGAGUCGAUGAAGGAAGAACCCACCUAUGAGAUGGCUAAUUCAGAGAUGGAGGAAGAACCAAGCUUUGAGAUGGCAGAGCCGCACUCCGAAGCAAGCUACAAGGCCAAGGAAGCGGCAGAGCCCAGCAGCACUUAUGAACCAUCAGUGGCCUACGAGCUGGCAAUAGAUGAGAUGACGCCUGAUGCCCCAGCUCAAUCGGCUGUUAAUAGCCACAAGGAGUCAACGGAAUACCCCACUGGCCCCGGCGCUGUGAUGGAUAGAGUGUCAGCUCCGCAUGCGCCAGUUCCUUCUUGGCCGGAGUCAGCUGACCUGGACGAUCUGGAUCUUACCGGUGCGGAGAAAAUCUUCGCAAACGAAGUCGACGAAUGGGAUCAGUCGGAUGAGGUUUGGGACAUCAGGCGCCCGGCGAAGGACCAGCAAAGCACUCCGGAGGAGGCAACCACCUCCACCUCCCCGCUGCGAGCGGCGCGGCAGCAGGAAAGCCCGCGCCGAUGCUGCGCAGUUCAGUGA